AACACAACCAAUUCCCGCGAGACCAGAUGACAAUUUGACCCCUCAUGUGACUUGCGACGUACACGCUCUGCUUGAGAACACGCAUCUAAUUAUUGACCUUUCAAACACCAACAAACACCGCAGGUUAUUGGGCGCAGUCAGAAACACUCGACCACGAUGAGUCCCAGUCAUCACGACGUCUUCAAGGCGCUUGCGCCUAUCGAUUGGGACACGAUUGAUCAAGACGACCUCAAAGGUUUUCUCACCGAGACUUUCCAAGAAGCACAAUGUCUCAUCGACUCGAUACCUGUCAGCCUCCCUACCAAGGCGAAGCUUCCCGACCGGGCUCCCAAGACCUCACAUAAAGCGGAACAUCUGCGCAAGGAGUGGAAGGACGUUACACUGAACCCGAAGGAUAACCCUUUGGGCGUCAACAUCUACAAGAUGUCAUCCAAGGACAAAAAGGGCGCCUGGUUUGCGCGCCGCAGCGUUCAUGACGUUCUGUCCUUCGAUCAUUGGAAGCUCGGCAUGCAAGCCGAGUUUGCUGAGAGUUUGAAAGUGCAAGGAGAAGCCGGCGCCGGAAAGAUUCGUGGCAUCGGGGCUGACAGGAAAGUGGUCGACACCACAGUCGAUGGCUGUGGGAAAAUGGAAGUCUACCAGCUAUCCGCUCAAUUCCCCGGGCCUACGACCCCCAGAGAAUUUGUUACUCUGCUCCUUAGCACCGACUCCGCUGUUGACUCGGGCUCGCAGGAAGGCUUGGCCAAGUCAAGAUACUAUAUGCUCGUGUCAAAGCCAUGCAAUCACCCUGAAACCCCUCCCCGCAGCGACUAUAUUCGAGGACAAUAUGAGUCGGUCGAGUUUAUUCGAGAAAUCAAAGUAGACAGGCCGUUGCGAAAAGUGCGAUCCUCGCUAGAUCUUGGCCAUGAAGAAGCGGCGGCAGCAACGCGUCAAAGUGCCCCCGAUGACUUGGCAAAGGAAGCAUUAACUCGCUCAGCUCGCAGUGCCGCCAUGGCCAGCACUACCUCGGACUCGGCAGGCACGGAAGGCCGCAAAAGAGGCAAGACCAUUUCUUUUGCAGAGGAGAACAAGGGUGAUGAGGACGUUGAGACCUUGGUUGAAUGGAUCAUGGUCACAAGAAGCGAUCCUGGCGGCAGUGUGCCCAGGUUCAUGGUCGAGAGAGGCACUCCAGCUGGCAUAGCAGGUGACGCCGAGAAGUUCCUAAAAUGGGUUCAAUCAAAAAGACCGGAGGAUCUCGCAAAUGCGCCGCAUACCGAUGAGAAGAUUGCCAGUGAGCCAUCGCCGGCCGAGCCAUUGAGUGCCCGACCAACACCAAGAGCCUUGUCUCAAGGGACGAUUGAUCCUGUCUCAAAGACCAACAGCGACUCGACGUUAAAGCCAAGCCCAGAGCCGCAGCAUGAAGAAUAUGAGGACCCAAGGCCUGGUGGCUUCUACGGAAUGAUUGCUCAAGCACUCGGUGCAGUUGCUGCGCGCCUGCCUGAAGGUCUACCCAACCCACUUGGAUCAUCAGUAGGCGGCGACACUGAAUCCGAUCUGUCAGCAUCCAGAUUAAUUGAUGACGAUGACUCUUCUUCAAUACAAAGCUUCCACAGCAUCGACUCUGACCUUGAUGGUGACAGCAAAAUCAGCACCACCGAUGAGAACAAUAUCAUCUCGCCAGUUAUUUCGGCCUCCGGUGACGCAGAGGUCCAGUCGACUCUUUCAUCGGAGUCAGCAGCAGGAAAAUCCACUGCUCCGUCACAUCAUGAAAGAGAGCUGAGAAAGCUUGAAGACAAGAAGCGGAGAGCCACAGAAAAGUUGCAGCGUGCACGGGAGCGGGCACUCUCCAAGAAGGGCACUGAUACUGAGAAAGACGAAGCGGCACUUGUCAAGCUUAAGGAGAAACACGACCGUGAUAUCCAGAAGCAGGAAGAGAAAUUUAAAAGGGAUCUCAAGAAGCUGGAUGAGAAGCGUGCAAACGAGCAGCGCAAGGCCGAAGAGAAAGCCCGAAAGCAGGCUGAGAAGGAGAACAAGCAGAACCUAUCCAUGGAACUGGAGAAGGUCAAGGCCGAAAGAGAUGUAGCGUUGAAGCAGAUCGAUGUGCUGAAAGAACAGAUCGGCGAGCUACAGGGCCAAAACACCCUUCUGGUUGCCAAGUUGGGUAAGAAGAGUUCACCGGAGCUGAUAGACAGCAUCAGGCGGGCAGAUAGCUUCAAAAUUUCUAAUGCCAAGGUACAAGGUUAGAGAUCUGAUACCGACUCGGCAAACCAAUACACUGGCAGUAUCGACAACUUCACGGCCACGAACGGCAGACUGAGAAGGAGUCUGGCAGAGGCCAG